GUCGUGAAACGCUCGUUUCUCUCUCUCAUCAUUAGGACUCUCUCUCUCUCUCCUCCCUCGCCCAGUCGGUUUCAGUCACUGCAGUCUGCAGGUUGCACAGUUUCUUCGCGGUAGGUGUGCCGCUUUACGUUUUCUCCGGCAUCGAGGAUUACGCUUCCGUCAAUACGAAGAAGAUUUCUUGCUUUUCCAGACCCUGUUCCCCGCUGCAAUUCUUUUCUUGGCGUUCAUGAGCAAAACCAGCAUUCUCAUGCAGUUGCCAGCACUCUUGAAAGUCCCACUACUGAGAAGAUGUGUAAAGAUGAAUAUGGAUUGAAGUGUGAUCACAAAAUUUGAAUACUUCUAUCAACAUGGGCGAUGUUUUAGGGCAGGGCACAAGUGAGCGCUGUCGGAUUGACCGGAGUCAGCACAAUUACACGUCUGGAUUGUCGAUUGACCGGCCAUACCUAUCACCUGAGAGUGAAUACAGACAGACUGAAAUCAUGGGACAACUGGGUCGCAACAAACCUUCCAAGAAUGUUCCUGAGGCGCCAUGGGAUAGGAGAUCGUCAUUUAAUGGUGAUUACGAUGAGCUUGUCAAGCACAUGUCAAAUCUACCUGGCUUUCUCCAACGAGUGGAGAAGGAAAACUCUGUCCAAGAGAAGGCUUUAAAUUUUGGUGUUCUUGAAUGGAACCGCUUGGAGAAAUGGAAGUACACUGAACGCAUGCCUAAAAUUUCUCCCAAGAAAACUUCAGCAAGCAGUAAUUCCAUCCCAACAAGUGGGCAACAUAAAAUUAGUCCAAACUUCAGACAUCAUUCUAUUUCACAAGGGCGUCAUCCGACUUCAUUGUAUCCUGGAAAACAGUCCUUGCAGCGUGGUACUCUUUUUAGUUCGCCUCCGAGACGGCCACUUUCAUGUGACGGACCACAUCUCAACCCAACAAAGGAAAAGAGAGACGCUACUCAUCACAAGGAUGGCAAGUUUGUUGGUCCAUUCACUUCGAAAGGAAAAGAAACUUGUAACCAAGAAUUUCAUGCUGCUCAAAGUGGCAUCAUUGGUAGGCGUCCGGAUCAUUGUAAACAGAGGCUUAAGUCUGAUAACAGAAGUUCUGAGAUGAAUAGGGAGAAAGUCAAGAAGAAUGAUCUGAAGGAGGAGGUGAUCUUAGGGAAACAAGUUCGGUCACCAGAGCUGGGCAAGCAUAUAUCUUUUGUGCCUACAGUUAACAAAAUCAAAUCUCUGGAGAAGAGAAAUGAAAUACAAUCCGAUAAUGGAGAACCACAAGUUAUUGUGAUCUCAGAACGUAAUCAUUUUGAAGACAAGAUUUGUGCGGAGACCAUUGACUUUAUGGAAUCCAGGACCUCAGUUAAUGACCGAUUUUCUGAAGUGGCAAGGAACAGAUUUUCUGGUUUCUGUCCUACCCGUGAUUUUGAUUAUGGAGGAUUCUCUUUUGAUGCAUCACACUCUUGUCCACUGCCUUCUGUGCCCACAAUUCCCACCCAAUCAGUUAUUGAGCAACAUGACAAUGGUACUUCGUCUCAAAGUGCUACUUCAGGUAAUGACUCGAUGAUGCACAAGGAAACUUCUGCUCCAUCAUCUUCAACAGAGGCUUCUCACAUAGCAUCACCCUGCGUUGCUGAAAAACCUGUUGUCAAAAGGAGAGCCUCCUCUCCAGCACAUCGAUUCAGCUUUGACCUCGGUAGGGUUGGCCGAACAUUUAGCUUUAAGGAUAACUCACAAUUGAAUUCAGCGGACAUUUCUGUCACACCUAAUAAAGUGAGGCAUGGAGCUCACUCAAGUGUGGAUAACAUUGCAGCAGUCAAGGAAACUCCUAGCGGCAGAGCAAGGUCGAGCCCCUUGAGAAGAUUGCUGGACCCAUUACUGAAGCAGAAAGGAACAGGAUCUUCUGAGACAAAUCGACCAACAGGCAGGAGUUCAUAUUCCAUGACCGUAAGAACCACAACCACCAAGGGUCCAUCUCAAGAUAAGAAUCCGGGAGCAUCAGUUUUGCAGGCUCUUUUGCAGCUCACUUUUAAGAAUGGUCGCCCUUGCUUCAAACUUGUUGUGGACAAUACUGAAGACAUGCUUGCUGCUGGUUUGAAAAGUUUGCCAGCAUCUGGAAAGAACGAUCCUUGCAUGGUUUAUACAUUCUACUCUGUUCGUGAGAUAAGGAAAAAGGCCAUGAACUGGAUAACUCAAGGAGUGAAGAGUAAGAAUUGUAGCCUUGGCUAUGACAUUAUCGGCCAAAUGAAGAUUUCAAACUUUUACCAUCUGAGGGAGAGUGCUGGUGGCUCUGUUGAAUGCGAGGCAACAGAAUGUGUACUUCAUGGUAUCAAUCCAGGGCAGGGUGAUAAACAAUCACUUGAAUUUGCACCUGGCACAGAGAUUGCUGCCAUUAUUGUGGAAAGCUCAACUAAAAUAGUUGAAACACUUUUUGGAUCAGCAGAGGUGCUUGAUUCGGAUGCAAGUAAGAUGACCAGCGGCACCACAGUUAUCUUACCAGGGGGUGUUCAUGGUGUACCUGUUAAAGGCACACCGUCAUCUUUAAUCAGCCGGUGGAGAUCUGGUGGAUUAUGUGACUGUGGAGGGUGGGAUGUCGGCUGCAAGCUGCGGGUACUUGCUGACCAUAAGAAAAGCAGCAACGGUCAUCAUUCAUCAUCGACAUUUGGCUCUAAUGUUGAUAGCCUUCAUCUUUCUCCACAGGGUGGAGAGCAUAAUAGCAAGCAUGCGCUCAGCUUGGAACCUCUGAGCAACGGACUUUAUUCUGUUGAAUUUGACAGAUCAAUUUCAUUGACGGAGGCAUUUGCUACAUGCGUAGCAUAUAUUACCUGCCGAAAACUUCCUGAAUUCACAGACAUUAGAGGGGGAUCAGACGCACAUAACGUUCCAGAAGACAAUGCUGACAUCCAUGAGAGAAGAACGCCAACCAAAUUACAAGAACAACAGAACAUGGCGCCACACCAAUGCCCGCCCUUGUCCCCAGCUGGAAGGAUAUAAAGUUUAGACGCCGCCUUGCCUCAGCACUUAGAAAGUCAAGUCAGUCUAUGUUGUGGGCGAUGAUAUGAUAUUUUCGAUAUUCAUUCAAUUCAUACUGCACUGGUUUCAUAAAUCUUGUCUCCCAGAAAGUGUGUGGUCAUCUUAAUCUGUAAAUUCGGUGGUAUUUACUUGCUGUGAAUAGCCUUUGUUCUUUGUUGUUGCGAA